GUCAUACAUCGGCAAAAUGGCAGAUGGACCUUCGAAAAGUGAUAUAAAUGCUAUUUUCAAGCGUUUGCGAUCAAUUCCCACUAAUAAGACAUGCUUUGACUGCAACAGCAACAACCCCACAUGGGCCAGUGUGACAUAUGGUGUGUUCUUGUGUAUAGACUGCUCAGCUGUUCAUAGGUCACUGGGUGUUCACGUAACCUUUAUACGCUCCACACAACUAGACACAAGCUGGACAUGGCUGCAACUUCGUGCAAUGCAAGUCGGUGGAAAUGCCAAUGCUACUGCCUUUUUCCGUCAGCAUGGUUGUACAACAUCAGAUGCCCAACAAAAAUAUCACAGCAGAGCUGCCAAGCUCUAUAAAGACAAACUCCACUCCUUGGCAACAAAUGCUAUGAGACUCCAUGGAACGAAGUUACACAUAGACAGUCAUCAUGAACCCACAUCUCCGACGACAAAAGAGGAAGUCGAUUUCUUCAAAGAACAUGCUGACAGUAUUGACUCCACACCUAUUGCAGAAAAUCAGAAGCUGUUCAGUGCAUCAGAGCCUCAGCCAAUCAAAAAUGGCAAUCUGAAAAAGGAGGAUUUUGACCCCUCUGAGGGCCCCAGUGUAGAAGCAGCCUUAAGUAUGUCACCAACUUCAGCAGCCGCUCAGGCGGAACCACGGAAAUCCAUCAUAGGAGCAAAAAAACCUGCUGGCAGGAAAGGGAAGGGUGGUCUUGGAGCACAGAGGGUGAAAACAAACUUCUCAGAGAUUGAGAAUAAAGCUCAGCAGCUGGACAAAGAGAGGGAGGAACUGGCCGCCAGUCGAGCUGUCCAGGAGGCCAAGUCUGAAGAGGAAAAGGCCAAACAAAUGGCCUCUAUGAGAUUAGCAUACCAAGACAUGAGUAUAGAAAGAAAGAAACAAGAAGAGAAGUUAAAGCAGUCAGACCCUAAAAAGGCGGAACAAUUAGAGAGGCUCGGCAUGGGGUUUGCUUCAUCAAAGGGGAUGAGCCAUUCAGCCAUGACAGACAUGCAGGUCAUUGAGCAGGAACAGCCAAAUUCCUCCAGAUCAAAAUACGAUAAAAAGCCAUCAAAGGGGCGGAGCUUUUUUGACGAUGAGCUGGAUGACUACACUUCCUCUUCCUCUAAGUAUGACCGAGACUUUGAUUUUGACAAGAAGGACUCCUUCGGCUCCUGGGGAAACAACAACAAAUCUGGGAGCUGGGACAUUGACCGCUUCGACUCCAAACAGAGCUUCUCCGAGACCCUGUCCAGCAAACCCCAGAACGACGAAAAACAAGGAAGAAGCCGUAAGGCAUAUGACUACAGUUCACAGUCGACGUCCGAAGAAGCCCAGAAGAAAUUCGGCAACGCCAAGUCUAUAUCUUCAGAUCAGUUUUUCGGGAAACCGGAUGCAGAUUUUGAGAUGCGUCAGAAUUUGUCCAGAUUUGAGGGAAGUAACAGUAUCUCCAGCUCUCAGCUGUUUGGUACGGAAUCCGCGGGUCGUAAGAAUUAUUCCAGCAAUGCUCCCGAUCUACAGGAUAUAAAAGACGGAGUUCGUCAAGGGGUCACAAAGGUCGCAGGGAAACUUUCCAAUCUAGCCAGUGGUGUUAUGAGUUCAUUACAGGAUUGACAAAGCCUGCCAUAGCUAAGGACAAAUACAGUGGUUGACAAAAGCUUUAUAUCUAAACUUAUUUAAUAACUGAACUAAUGGUGGAGGCAGGGAUUUUAUACCAAACAUUCAAAUUGGUGAAGACCCUUGAAGAAAAUUAUUUCAACUUCGGUGACUUGAUUGGAGUCUAGUCGGUCUACAGCAGGCAGAUUGCCACCUAUUGGAAAGACAUUUAUUUUUAUUUUUUAUUUUCACUUCAUUGAUAUUACAUGUAUGUGUAUAUAUAUCUAUGAUUCAUUCAUUUAAAAGACAUCAGUUUCACCUGGACUUUUUGUACAUGUGUGCUAAUAGUGUAAAACAGCAAUUUGUUUAAUGUGUAAAAUGAAUGAUUCAUAGAUAAGAAAAUGAGAGAAAUAUUAAGUCACAUCUUCCUGUAUUUAUGGCCAGGCUAAGUAUUUUUGGUUCAGGAGUAAUUGAUUAUUUAUUCACUCCACAUUAUUUUUGUUUCCCACAAGAUACUGGUACCAUGAUAAACAUCUGAGUCAGAGUACAUGUUUGUAUAUCUAUUUAAGUACAUUCUAUCAUGAUUAAAAGCUGAAAAUGGAUUAGUUAUUGAGAAAACAAAGAGAAAAUGUACAGUUACAUUAUUUUAUUUUUGUUCUGUAUCAUUUAAAUUCAUUGUAUUUGAGUGGCAGGAAUUAUUUAAAAUGUAAAUCACUCUAUCAAAGCCCUCCCCAUUUUAAAUAUGGUACAUGUAGAAGACUUUUUCAUUAAUGUUAUUAUUUUUGUUUUCUUUCCAAAUUUACAUCUUCCCUACCCUGUUCUACUGAAUUCAAUAUGUGCAUUAUGUCUGUGCAAAAAUGUUUAGAAAUAUUUAAUAUUUGUCAAAAAAUCUUGAUUGAAAAGGAGCUUUUUAUAAAAAAAAAAAAAUA